AUGUCUCGAUUACUAGAUAUAGUCCCUGAGGCGUUAUUUCAAACUUAUUCUAUCAGUGAUAUAGACCAGAUUCAGAAGAAGUUGCAAUAUGAAAUUGAAAGGAAAAAGGAAGAGUUACGGGCUAUGGUGGGGGAAACAUACAGAGAUCUAAUACAUGCUGCUGAUACAAUUGAGGAGAUGAAAGACACUACCGGCAGCACCCUAAAUCACAUCAGGGACAUGAUGGCUGCUUGUAAGAGCUUGCACAACACACACUUAGUGGGAAAUAAGAUUGAUGAAAGAAAAUCAUUAUCUCAGAGCUUUCAGUAUAACAAUUCGGUUUACAGUAUAUCAGUACAAGUUAAACUUUUAAUGGAAAUACCAGAGAAAAUAUGGACGAGUAUUGAAAAUGAAGACUAUGUGAAGGCUACACAAUUGUUCAUCAUGGCUAGACACAUUAAUACUGGAUUGCAAUUACAAAUGGGGGGUAAAGCCGUCAAGCCCGGCAUGCAGUCAUUGCAAAGACUGGUGCAGCAACAGUGGCACUCAAUCUCUAACUUCAAUCAAACGAUAAUAAACGUAUGCCGGCAGAAGCUACAGGAUAUUGAAAUAAGUGUUGAGGUAGCAUGCUCCUGCUUAAUAAGUCUAUAUCUCUUAGACUCUCAAACCAUGGUGGAGCUUCUGAAUACGCUAAUAGGUCUCCAUAGCAACAGCAGUCUUAAGUCCACGCUUCAGUUUGAUCUAGCACAGAUCUUAGAAGGAGAUGUCAAGGCGCAAAUUAAAGACAAAAUUGUGAGUGGAGUCAAGAUUGUACUGAAGACUGUUGUGUUGGUGUAUUCUUGUUUUAUUGAUAAUGACGGUGGUGCUAUUCUAUCGAAACUACAAGAUUUGUUUAAGAAGGACUCCCAGCCUUUGAUUGAGCUAGUUAAGUUUAGUGACCCGUCAGCUUUGAAGCUUUUGCCUUCUGCCAUUACCAACUAUCGGUUAUCAACAACCAAGGAACUCCAUCCUCUAGCUAAAAACGAAGUGACGGAGUGCGUUCAUAAGUGGAACGUGUGGGUGAAGUCUUUUAUUGACAGCAACGUAAAUACGCUACUGCACAAUAUCACUAGAAUAAAAGUUCUCCACGAGAUUAGAGAUGUGGCUUUCAAAAUAGAAAUCCCGUCUAAUUGGUCAGCAAUAUGCGCAUCUCUAGACAUCCCCGAGGUCCACGUUUGGUGCCACUAUUUCCAGCCUCUCCUCACAGCUCGGGUCAAAGCCAUUAUAGACAGUCGAUGGGUCAAAGUUUACGACGUAUUUAAGACCCAACUCCUUAUAGACUUGACUAAGGUAUCGUCAGACAGUGAGGUGGAAAAGGAGGCUGAUAUUAAUUGGUAUGUCUGGAAGGACCUUAUAGGAGAAACUGUCAUAGAAUCCAGAGCUGAUGUGAUUAAAGUUAUGAAUUCGCUAAUGAAAGGUAUGGCUCGUCAAGAUCGCGGCUACAGUCCAACCCUCGAAAAACUCUGCCAAAGUUUAGACGAUGAGUUGCAGAAGCUUUUAGAAGACUUACGGGUAUACUUGUACAAAGACAAGAAAGUUGCAACUGGCAAAGAUAAGAUCUUGUUUACAUAUGAGGACGAUGAAGACGUUGAUCAAAUAUACAGCGACAAGAGUGAUAUUGAAAUGUAUUUGAGAGAUGUCUGUGAUGACAACAUACAAAAUAUGCUGCAGUAUAUAAAAGCUUGCUUCGAAGAACCAACUCUCCAAUCUACCGAACUACAAAAGAAGACCACCGCCAUAUACACAGCCCGUUUCACUCAAGCGAUAUCCACCCUUAUGAUUAAUUUACGCAAGUGCUACAUACCUGAGGAACGCGACAGUUUAGGUGUGGUCAAUAUAGACGAUAAUGCCUCGAAGAGGUGGAAUACAAUUUGCGCGGUGUUAAAAGAAAAUUGUCAAUUUUGUUGGAGCAAAUGGGUGGACAUAGUUAUAGCUAAAGUAGAAGAUUUGACCAAAAGUUUGCCACAAACAUUCACGUUGGAAGCCAACGUUGACUAUUUAAUGAUGCAAUGGGACGAAAUAAAAAUCACCGAAAAAGAUGAAGAAGGUAACGCUGUAGAAUCCAUCAUUAAAGUACCCGCAGGACCAUCUCUGAUACUACAAGAAUACUUAUAUGCUAUAAGCAGAAUACUCGACGAAGUAGCCCCGCACACGCUCCCAACCGAAACUCACACGCUCUUCAUUGAGAAAGUUAUUGCUAUCACCUUAUCACAUUACAACAAAGUCAUACGAGAGAAUGAGACAGAUAUAAAUCAGAGGUGUGCGCUUCAAUUAUUGAUGGAUGUUAGGCAUUUGACGUUGUUGUUGGUGCCUAGAGAGAACAAGAAAGCCAUGGAGCAGUCUAGUGACAUUUGUGAGUUCUUAAGACAAAAAAUAGAUCCAUUUGAUUAUGACGUUUUCUAUCCGUACAUACAGACUAAUCUCAAGAGGUCUGUACAGAGAGUUCAAACUCUUCUAGGCAGUCUAAUUCAACACCAUGGCCAGUUAAUUGGUAUCAUCGGUACGAAACCUGUUUUAUCUGGUGGUAGCGGUGACAAGGCUGCCGCAUUGCUUGCUUCGGGCGACUCCCAUUGGUUCUCACUGCUGCCUGUAGCAGCACCUCCAAGUCAUUUGAAAAAGCAAGACAAACCUAUUAAAAAGAAACUAGUUUCGUCAAGUCCUAACAAGUCUAGAUCCGACAUAUCGGACCUCAUGUCUAGCUCUUUGCCAAUCAAUUUUGCCAACGCACGGUCAGGAGCAGCGUCUUUCUUCAACUCUAUGACGUCAGAUUGGUUCAGUGGCUCUAGUUAA